GUCACCUGGUGAAGAUCAGACAGGACGUUGGCGUCGAGGAUGUUGGGGCUCAGGUGCAUCGUGGGUAAUCUGCGUGGAGGAGGAAGACUCCUGAGAAGUCUUCCUCGCCUACAGAAGACGUUUGUCUCCAUGCCGCCUCCGACGUCAGAGUGUCAACACGCCAGACUUCUUCAUCAUCGUCAUCAUCGUCUUCCCGUCCUGACCCAGAGGAACUUCCUGUCUCAGGGUCCGGACGCGUCGGUGCGCUCGGCGAGGAUGAAGCUGCGGACUCGGGCGGCGGUGACGCUGCUGUUCGGCGGCGGGCUGCUGGCCGUGUGGUGGUACGUGGACUCGGAGAAGCAGAAGCGGCGGCGGCAGCAGCGCGUGGAGCAGCUGCAGCGCGCCGCUCUGGGUCACGGUAACUUCAGCCUGAUGGACCACCACGGCCAGCGCCGGACCAAGCGGGACUUCCUGGGCAGCUGGGUGUUGCUGUACUUCGGCUUCACGCACUGUCCCGACAUUUGUCCCGACGAGCUGGACAAGCUGAGCGCUGUGGUGUCGGCGCUGGACCGCGACGCCUCGCUGCCGCCGGUGCAGCCCGUCUUCAUCACCGUGGACCCCGAGCGCGACGACGUGCCGGCGCUGGAACGCUACGUCAAAGACUUCCACCCCCGCCUGGUGGCGCUGACGGGAACGCCAGAGGAGGUGAAAGACGCGGGUCGGGACUACAGAGUGUACGCCAGCCCCGGGCCGAAGGACGAGGACGGAGACUACAUCGUGGACCACACGAUCCUGAUCUACCUGGUGACUCCGGACGGUUUGUUCCUGGAUUAUUACAACAGGAUGAAGAACGAGGAGCAGAUCACUGAGAGCGUCCGGAACCACAUCAACUCCUACACACCCACAUCUGACCAGAACUGAACUGUUUCACUCAGUCGACUCAAACAUUGGAAAUAUAUUUAUAUAUAAAAUAUAUUUAUGACUCCGUUUCUCUGGAGGAAAAAAACUGUGGCUGAAAAUCGUCUCGAAUGUCUCUGAAAUUAAAACUUGUGAAUCUUUAAAGUUUUUCUUUUUUUUUUUUUACAGAAUUUCAUGUUUUUGAUGUUAAAG